AUGUUGAAAAAAGUUCCCAGGAUUUUUGUCUCCCAUACUUACACACCAUCACCAGAUCUUGAGCUUUGCCAAAACAACAACACCACAAUGGCGAAACGAAAGCGCAAUGCCACUACCGAAUCUGCCGUUAGUAGUACACCGCUUCCGAGCAAAAAAAUCAAAGCAACCUCCCUUCCUACGCCCAGGAAACCCACCACCAUACAGAUUAUCGCGGGGUCCUACGAUCGCGUCCUCCACGGAUUGACAGCUACCAUAUCUCCCGACGACAAUGUCGAAUUCGCUGACACAUUCCUUUUCAAUGCCCAUACGACCGCUAUUCGAUGCCUCGCCCUCUCCCCGCCAUCUGCGCCCGUCCCGAAGCAACAGCAAAAGGUCAUACUCGCAAGCGGCAGUACUGAUGAACGAAUAAACCUUUACCACAUCUCCGCACAUGCGCCAUCACAUAUCACAGUGCCCGUAAUCGCUGGAUUUUCUGCCAAGGCAGUGGUUGAGAACCCUCAGAAUAAGGAAUUGGGCUCGUUGUUGCACCAUUCGAGUUCGGUGACCGCGCUCUAUUUUCCCAAUCGGAGCAAGUUGUUGAGUGCGGCAGAAGACAACUCAAUUGCGGUGACGAGGACAAGAGACUGGAGUUUGCUAAGUAACAUUAAGGUUCCGGUUCCAAAAUCAAUGGGAAGACCGAGUGGUGACACUGCUCCUUUGGGUGGCGCCCCGUCUGGAGUCAACGAUUUCGCGGUACAUCCGAGUAUGAAGCUUAUGAUAUCAGUUGGGAAGGGAGAGAAGAGUAUGCGACUGUGGAAUUUGGUUACUGGGAAAAAAGCCGGUGUUCUGACCUUUGAAAGAAAUAUCUUGCAAGAAGUAGGAGAAGGCAGAUAUACAAGUGGCGAGGGAAGGAAAGUGGUAUGGGGCUCUACGGAUGCCCGGGACGAGUUUUGUGUGGGAUUUGAUAAAGGAGCGGUGGUUUAUGGAAUGGACUGCAAACCAAAAUGCAAGGUCGUCCCUAAACCUCGAGGGACAGGGCACAAAUGGACGAAAAUCCAUCAGAUGUGCUAUAUUCCUGUGGGUGAGGAGGAGGAUAUUCACAUACUCGCUGUCUCGACAGAGGAUGGAAGAAUACUGUUCUAUUCGACACGACCUGAUGACUUGGUCAAGGACCCAUCUACUGGAGACAAAGGUGAUGCGCUGCAGUCCGCCAAAUUGAUUGCCAUUCUUGAUAGCAAAGACAAUACUACGCAGAACGAGAGUAAAGGCACAAAAUCUGAAGAAACGCCAACACGUAUCAAGGAUUUUUCUUUUAUGAAUGUUGGCGAAGGAACCACCAAGGAUAUGAUCAUCGUGGCAGGGAAAAGUGACGGCACAUUACAGAUAUUCAAGCUAGCUGCAUCAGACUUGCUUCCACAAAGUAAGGAUGAAGUCAAGAAUGUUGGAAAGGUACUUGGGUCGUCGAAAACUGGAAAUCGCAUUACAUGUCUUAAAUCUUUUGUAAUGCUGCCAAGCUUUGAUGGCGAAGAAGAAGACGAUUUUACAGAUUUGGAAGGAUUUGAUGAAGAUGGGGAUGAAGGGAAGGAGGAAGAUAGCAGUAGCGAUGAUAGCGAGUAA